ACAAACGGGUGUAGUUUAGUCCGGGUUCAUGAUAGGACUGUUGUUGUUGUUGUUAUAAUAAUAAUAUUAUUAUUAUGUAAUACUUAGAUGUAAAUUUGUCUUAGUCAUCACGUUUAUCAACGCAUUAGUAAUGUUAAACACAUUCAUUCGUCACGAUUAGUGUUUUCUCGACCUUAUAUGCGUUAUAUUCUUUAAAACUUGAGUAUAGAAAAGAAGAACUCAGUCAUUCAGUUGGAUUGUGCGGUUGUUGUUGGUUUUUUUUAAACAUCCUUGCCUGAAUGUUAUAAAGGUGGCUGCUGGAGAGGAUUUCUCUCAGAUCCCUGAGCAGGACCCACGCUGCUCUUUACCACCUGUGAUUGCAACUGAUAUCUCCAGAUGAGCUGAGGCUAAAGAGAAUCAGAAACCCCAAAUCGCCUCUUUAGAAGGACUUCGGUAGAGCCAAAGAUGCCUCACUGGGCUGACUGAAGAUGUUUUCAUGGGCCCAGUUUGUAGACUCAGUAUCUCCUUCAGCUUCCCCUCAAAAGCAACCCCAUCCAUACUGGAUAACUUGUAAGAUACCAGGUGCUGUCUUACCAGAUGGUGUCCUGCUAUUCUUGUGGAUGGGAGCAUUACCCUAGCUGCAUUCACUGUUGCAAGCACUAUCUUUGGCCCAUUUGGAUGUUGCCCAGCAUCAUUGCUUGCAAGGCUCUAAUGUCAUCUGUCUCCAUUAUAGUGUACAAGCUGUCACCAGAGAAGGGGAAAAUUUUCACACAAAAAACAAUAGGCUAUCCCUUUACUAGUACUCAAAAUAAAUAAAGGUAUUUUCUGUAAAUGUAACCAUUCAAACAGUAGCAAUGUCAAAAACAUAAUCCUCAUGUUGUUUCUGCUUUGAUAGAUUACAUACGUACAUUGAACCUUUAUAGUAAUUAUGCGAAUCAGUUUCUGCCAAGCUCUACUAACAGGAGCCAUUGUACUGAACUUGGUGAUCUUGUAUUAUAUAUCCCAAGCCCAGAAACAGAUGAUGGAGAAGCGACGCAUGCAAGGAAAAGGCUUAAAAAAUACCUUCCAAUCAGUGUCGGGCCUGGGAGGUUCAGGGAGCGUAGUGGCGAGGGGCAUGAGAAGGGACAGCAAAGUAGGAGGCCGAGAGGGUAGUAUGAAAAAUCCUGAAAUGACUGUUAUCCUACGUGAGUUUGAAGACUUUGAGAACUAUGUUGGAGAUGUGGCCCAGUCCUUCCUUCACCACAUGCCAGAACUAUGUUUCCUAGUAGUAGCAGACACCCUGCCUUACCCUCCUCUGACACUUCAUGAGAAUGCCCAUUUACUGGUGCUGUCCCCGAGCCCAGAAAAUCCUCCUCAAAUACAUCGUCCAGAAAACCAUGUGCAAUCCGAGUUUGUGCUGCUUGUGCCCGAUGGCGUUGAAUUAGAGCAUCGUUGGCAACUUGAGAGGCUUGUUCAAGAGUUGAAGGCUGAGAGAGAUGGUCCAGUACACCUGGUUGCAGCUCCAGUGCUGACCCAUGCUGCUGUCCAGUGCCUGCACUUGCAAGUGAACCUCAAGGAAUGGACAGCUACAUACUCCCUUGGGGCAUCUGGGAGUGGUGGCAGUAUGUGCACUGCAUUGUAUGGUGAUGCUGUAGUUCUUAUUCGAACUAAGGACCUUUUCAACCUAUCAGUCCCACUUGCACGUCCCCUGUUGUCUGCACUGUUUAUUCAGACUGCGCUUAGAGGGUGGAAGGUUAAACUUCUUGAGGGACCUUCAUUUACUGCAAGCCACAGGCCCCUGUUUAGCUCUGCACACAACCAGUGGAAGGCAGACUAUCAUCUCAAGGAGGCUACCAGCCAAGUAAUGAGAAGCUUUGGCAUUAAGCACUUGGUAUGGCCUGAUGGAAGGGACCAGUGGUUUGGCUGCAGUAAGGAGACAUCACGAUGCUUUGGCACAGUGCAUGAUGACACACCAGAGUACCUCUAUUUGGAGCGAUGGACUCCACCCUGUUGCUUGCGUGCCCUGCGGGAAACUACAAAGCAUGUCGUCAGUAUUUUGGAGAGUUCUGGUGUACGCUACUGGUUGGAAGGGGGUAGUCUGUUAGGAGCAGCCAGACAUCAAGACAUUAUACCUUGGGACUAUGAUGUUGAUUUGGGUAUCUACCUGGAGGACGUGCCCAACUGUGAAUAUCUUAAGAACCUAGAUUCAGGGUCACUGGUGGAUGCCAAUGGUUAUGUAUGGGAACGGGCAGUUGAGGGAGACUUCUAUCGUGUUCAAUACAGUGAGGCCAAUCAUCUGCAUGUGGAUCUAUGGCCUUUCUACCCUCGCAAUGGAGUUAUGACCAAGGACACAUGGACUGACCACAAGCAGGAUGUUGAGUUCCCUGAACACUUCCUGCAGCCACUGGUGCGCAUGCCUUUUGCUGGCAUCACUGCUUAUGGACCUAACAACUACCGUGCCUUCCUAGAACUCAAGUUUGGGGAAGGGGUAAUUGAGAACCCUCAGUAUCCUAAUCCUAUCAAGAAACAUUUGAUUAGUUGAUUGUAAGGUCAUAUACACUCCCCUUCAAAAGUAUUGUAACACCAAUUCAUUUGUGUGGUGGGUUUUUUUUUUCCUAUAUGCUGAAGGCAUUUGGGUUUGAGAUCAAAAGACGAAUGAAACAAUAAAUCAGAAUUUCAGUUUUCAUUUCUUCAUAUUUGCAUCUUGAUGUGCUAAACAACAUGAUGCUUUUGGUGGCAGACUGGCCAAUUUUUAUGUGAGCAAAAUUAUUAAAAUAGACAGUAUUAAAGUACUUUUUUAAUAUUUGGUUAUUAAAUGCUUGCAGGCCAAGGAAAACAGCACUGUAUCAAGCCAGUGACACACAGACCUCAACAAACUGUUAGAUUUUUCUUUUGUGACGCUUUUCCAGGCUUGUAGUGCAAAUUAUUUUUCUUGUUUUGGGGGGUUUCUCCCUUCAGGCUCCUCUUUUGGAGGUGAAAUGCUGCUCAAUUUGGUUAAGGUCUGGUGAUUGACUUCUUAUCUCAUUAUCUCUAGCCGCUUUA